AUGCCCAGCUUCUCAGAGCCCACGGGCUCUUUCGCAGCAACCUGGAGGAAACGCAAGCGCGAUCAUGAAGAAAGCACAACCACCUUGACUCGCCCAUCAUCCUUCAUCCCCUUCCGCGUAGACCGUCCCGAUUACGACGGCAACUGCCCGUUGCCCCUGUCCCGACACCCUGCAGAAGGAAAUAAUGACCUCUCUUUCCGGCCCCGCUGUCUCCCUCGCAAACGCAGACACCUCCAGCCUCCAUAUCUCGCCCUCCCGACUCAUCAGCCCUCCUCUCUUCUUGCACCAAAUGUCUAUGCCCCCGCGCAAGACCCCUAUUCUCCACCCGUCUCCCCAAAGACAAUCGUACCACUAGCCUACCCCUCAUCGUCCCCCUCCGCCCUCCGACCAUGUCAUAUCUGUCACCGGCGCCCGACAACUCGACAAGUCCUGGACGCUUAUGCCGAUUGUGAUCUGUGUGGUGAACGCGCAUGCUUUAUCUGUAUGCGCCAGUGUGAUGCUCUCGAUUGUCCCGGUUCGACUAGGACGGCGUACCCCGAGGAACACGGGUCAGAAUUGUUCGCUUCUAAUGAAGAUUUCGAUGGUGCAGCUAUGGAGCGGAGACGGAAAGUCUGUUCUAGCUGUGCUGUUGAGGGACUUACAGAGGCCGGUACUGAGAUUGUUCGGUGCCUUGAUUGUGUGCAGGGCAACUCGGCGUCUGGAUGGACGCUAGAUGAGAUGAAUCAUGAGAUGAUGCGCGGAUAA